UCAUUUCUCUACAAGGGACGCAAGUGACCGAGCUUCUUCCUGGCCCUGAGGAUGUGGGGAAACACCUCUUUGAGAUCAGCUCAGGUGGUGCCGGGGAGCGGGAGAAGGUGCCGGCCAACCCCGAGGCGCUCCUGCUCAUGGCCAGCUCCCAGCGUGAUGUGGAGGACUGGGUGCAGGCCAUCCGCCGGGUCAUCUGGGCCCCAUUUGGUGGAGGUACUGCCCGUAGCCCGCAUGCUCACCCUGUAGAACCUUUGCCUCCAGGGAUCUUUGGGCAGCGCCUGGAAGACACAGUCUACCAUGAGCGGAAGUAUGGCCCCCGCCUGGCCCCCCUGCUGGUGGAGCAGUGUGUGGAUUUCAUCCGGGAGCGCGGGCUCACCGAGGAGGGACUCUUCCGCAUGCCAGGCCAGGCCAACCUGGUGAGGGACCUGCAGGACUCCUUUGACUGUGGGGAAAAGCCACUGUUUGACAGCACCACAGAUGUGCACACUGUGGCCUCCUUGCUGAAGCUCUACCUGCGGGAGCUCCCCGAGCCUGUGGUCCCCUUCGCCAGGUAUGAAGACUUCCUCAGCUGCGCCCAGCUGCUCACCAAGGACGAGGGGGAGGGGACUCUGGAGUUGGCUAAACAAGUGAGCAGCCUUCCCCUGGCUAAUUACAACCUGCUCAGAUAUAUCUGCAAGUUUCUGGAUGAAGUUCAGUCCCACUCAAAUGUCAACAAGAUGAGCGUCCAGAACCUGGCAACUGUUUUUGGACCUAAUAUACUUCGGCCACAGAUAGAAGACCCAGUGACGAUCAUGGAAGGAACUUCCCUUGUCCAGCACCUGAUGACUGUCCUGAUCCGCAAACACAGCCAGCUCUUCACUGCGAGGGCCAUGGAAGGACCAGCCUCCCCGCACAGGGUCACACCUUGCACAGUGGGAUGGGGCUCCGAGGCAGAUCCCAGCAGUCCCGGCGCCCCCAGCCUGCCCUCCCACAGGACCUCAUCCCUGGAUGGGGCCACUGUGGCAGCAUUCUCUAGAAACUUGCCCCUCGGCCCGGAGAGCCGAUGCAGCCCUGCCAGCGCCAGCCCUGGGAAGAGGAUGCAGACUCUGCCCAACUGGAAGUCUUCCUUCCGGCAGUCGGGAUCCCAGUCAGGGAGCCUGAAGGCGGGCAGCUCGUCCCUGGAGGUGCCCAUCAUCUCCUCCGGCGGGAACUGGCUCAUGAACGGGCUGUCCUCCCUGCGUGGCCACCACCGGGCCUCAUCAGGAGACCGGCUCAAGGACUCGGGGUCCUCACAGAGACUCUCCACCUACGACAACGUGCCCCCAUCCAGCCUCCUCCCCAGCACUCCCAGUGUGGCCAGCAUGGCGUGGUCUGGGGCCUCCUCCUGCGAGGCCUCCGCCGGGGGCUCCCUCAGCAGCUGCACAGCCUGCCGGGCCAGCAACUCCUCUGUUUGCAGCUCCCUGCACAUGGAGGAGGGCCUGGAGCCCUCUCCCUUCCCCAGCAGCAGCGAGGACCACAGAUUCCCAGACCUGAGCCGCAGCCUGGAUGAAGUGGGCACCUGCUUCAGUAGCAACGAGCCCAGCGACCCAGGCGGCCUGGCCCAGGACCAUGCCCGCCACUCUGAGGCUCUCCAGGGCCUGGUCACGGAGCUCAGGGCAGAGUUGUGCCGUCAGAGGACUGAGUACGAGACAAGUGUGAAAAGACUCGAAGAAGGUUCUGCUGACCUGAGGAAACGAAUGUCAUGGUUAGAAGAAGAACUGGACCAGGAAAAGAAAAAGUACACAAUGCUGGAAAUAAAGCUGAGGAACUCGGAGCGGGCACGGGAAGACGCAGAGAAGAGGAACCAGCUGCUGCAGAAGGAAAUGGAGGAGUUUUUUUCCACCCUGGGAAGCCUGACUGUUGGGGCAAAAGGUGCUGGAGCCCCACAGUAAAGGAACUCACUUUGCUGUGCUGCUCACCCUCCUCCCCCCAGCAGAGAGGGCCUCGGGCCUCCAGAGGAGCCAGAAGUCACUCAGCUUGGAACUGGGCCUCGGUACCAGGUGCUCCAGAGCCAGCUGGAGAGAGGAGUCCUGACACCCGGGGCGGGGGUACCGCUGGGAGCCUGAUCUCCCCAAAACGAUCUGGAUGCUGCUGUGACUGUGCAGGGCCUAGCGAGUAUCAGAGGGGACAGUCCCUUGGCCACCAAAACACAUGGCACCUGGGAUCCGAGUAGCCCACUGGGGACAUUUUGCAUUCUUUAUUAAAUUUGCUCUGAAAGCAUGAUGCCUGACUCCUU